AUGCCUCAAUCCUCUACUCCUGUCAUUCCUUUUUACGAGUCUGAAGGUCCUCCCCAGGCCCUUCCAUUAUUAACAUAUCACACGGAAAUGUUUUGUCCUGCGUUAUCGUUCGUCUUGAUAUCUUCACAAGAAGAGAUGGCAUUCUCUACUCUUCUGCUCAGGCGACACACUCUUACUCCUUCCCGCGUCUUCAUGACCAUGUCUCGUGGAACCACACCAUCCCUCCUCGCGCGCCUACCCCCAAACGAGGCGUCAACAUAUUCUUCCUUGUCCUCCAUAGAUUCCAAGGACUCUAAAAUCCCCAAACCGGAUGGUGAGGUGGGGCGUCCUGGCCGUGGUGGGUACAACUUGGAAAUGGCGCUCAAUUGGGAUGAUGAACACUUCAAGAAUCUCAAGGCGUGCGUUCACCGAUAUAUCAAGAAACACUGCGACGUUAGCAAGAGCAAGAAGCAUGAAACUCCAGCUGCGUUGCAAGAAGUUCAUAGUGAGGCCGUUUUCCGGAACUGGCUGACUAUCAAGGGUGUUGGCCAGUUGGAGAUAUAA